GUGGUGCUACAAAAUCCGAUUAGUUGCUGAAUGGAGUGAUUUGCUUACUUUUCUUAAUAGGGGUUCUGACUCAAAAGACCGGACGAAAUGGCUGAAGCUAAUUCUAAUGGUGGUGGGAACAAGAUAACACUCGACGAUUUGGUCGAGGCUUUGGACCGACAAGAACUGGUUCGUGGUAGUGUUCCGAAAGUUGAAACCUUCUUGUUCAAGGGAGAGCGCGUCUCAGUUUGGCUCGGGUUGGUCGAGCAGGCGAUGGUUGGAGUAGCGGAUGCGGUGAAGUUCCAACGUAUCUUGAAGUACGUAUACCAUGGUCUGCACGAAGAAGUCAAGAAAUUUAUAGCGGCAUCAAAUGACGGGUGGUCCCGAUUUAAAGAUGGGAUGCAGAGGAAGUAUCGAUUGGGUGAUGGGCUGCUAACGACGGCAGAUCUGGAAGCCGUUAACAGGAAUGACUACACCACAGUUGGGGCGUUGGCUGAGGACUUUAAGAAAAAGUCGAGAAAGGUCUCAGGGAUUUCGGAAGAGGAACAAUGUGCCAUCUUCCUCGGAUUGUUUAAAUCCUCGGAGGCCCAGGAGCUCACGAGCAAAGGAGGAGGAGGUGAAAAGCUUACCUGGGCUACAAUUGACAAAGGAGUACAGGAAGGUGACUUGGACGAGGUCCACCCCAAGCAUCGCAGGCUAGCGUGGCGGGAGGGGGGAACCAGGGGCAGGGUGGACAAGGGAAUGGCGACAGAGUCCAAGGUGGACGAGGAGGUGGCGGAAGAGGACAAGGGCGAAAUGGUGGGGGCCGUGGUGGAGGAUGGAAUGGCCAAGGAGGCCAGGGCCAAGGCAACUAAGGCGGUUAGGAAGGGGGCCAAGGAUAUGGAAGGCCCCGGUUUGAUUGGCGGAAUGUCAUUUGCCGGCAUUGUGGCGCAAGAGGCCCUUAGGCGAGCAGCGGCAGGGUCAGCACCCCCGGCCAUGUUUAGGCUAUGGCAAGAAAGGGAAGGCCCGACUGUACGGGUCGAGGAGAUCGUGGGGGAGAAUGAAGAGGUGACUCAGCGACUAAAGGCGGGGACUAUAAAGGAAGAGCCAAUAGUCGUUGAGUCAGAUGAUGAGGAAUUGGGAGAGUGUAUUGCAAUGGUAGACACGGGCGCCGAGAUGAAUAUCAUCCGCGAGAGGGAUGCGAUUAUGUUGGGAUUGGAGGUCGAUCGCUCGGACCACGGCAUACUACAUGGUGCCAAUUACAUGGCGAUCUUUUGCGGCACGACGUCCAAUGUGAUUGUAGAGAUCGACAAAGUAUGGGCGAGGGCUUGCUUCUUUGUCAUGCCAGACGUUGAUCAUCUUAUCCUCUUGGGGAGAUCGUUCCAGUGCAGGACAAAGACUUUGAUUUUCAAUAAGCAUGAUGGGGCGAUGAUCCUGCUCAUGAGUGAUCCGGCCUGUGGAAAUUAUGAGGUUAUCACCUGUCGGAACACAGGGUCAAGGAGUGGAAGGAAUUGGCCUUACCUCGGCUCGUUCACUUAUGAGGAAUCCGAGAACGAGCGACGAAGGCUCUGGGAGGCGCCUGAGGAGGAAGGAGGGGCCGGAGUGCUGUCACUGAGCCUCACUGAUGUGAAUAAGGCCAUGGAAGUGGUUGCAGCGCAUGAUAUGGCAGACCCGGAAGCAAUCAAGGCGCUGAGGGAACAAGUUUUGGAAAGCCCUCAAGAAGGAGAGGUGAAAUUGAUCUAUCGGCUUCCAGGUACACAUAGCUUGGCGGAAGAAGUGAGGACGAUAGAGGAGGGCCCUACUCAGGUAGAGAAGCACGAGCAGCUGAUGGGAGGAAUGUAUCUCCUUACGAACACGCUUCUGCAAGGGGAUUUUGAUCAAAGAGGCUCAUUGAAUCCGGCGGAAGGUGAGGAUUUUGUGCCUGAAAAUCAGGAUGAUGAGUUUGAGGAAGGAGAGAUCAAAAAAAUUUUUCGUGCAGAGGAAUAUGAUCGGAUCUACCUUGAAUUGGAGCUACUUUUGUCUUGUGAGAUGAGGGAUAGAGAUGCAAGUGCUAAGGCACAGAAGAUGAGAGAUGGUCAUUUGUUUAUAAAACGACAAGUCAGGAAUCCCAAGCAAAUUGUAUGCGGGAGAAACCGACAGAUCGAUAUUAUUACAGCAUUGCACGAUGGCAUAGCAGGAGGGCACAAAGGGGUAAGUGCCACGUACGCUAAGAUAAGCGAGUUAUAUUACUGGAGUGGAAUGUUGGACAUGGUCAUCAAAUACUGCCAGUCCUGUGUACCUUGCCAAGAGAGAUCGGCGCAGAGGCCAGGGGAACCCCUACACCCAAGGUUGAGGAGAGAAGUGGGCGCAGUUGUACAUUUGGAUCUACUCUUCAUGCUUGUUGGGGAGAACGGGUAUAACUAUACCUUCGAUGCGCGAGACAACCUUAUUGGGCUUAUGGACGGUCGGGCCAUUCGCACGAAGACCGACCAAGUUUUGGAGAGCUGCAUUGAAGAGUAUUACCAACGCUACCCUUUCGUCAAGGAGUUCGUGAUGGAUCGAGGAUCGGAGUUCACCUGCAAAGAGGAGCAAACGUUGCUUGCGGGGUAUGGCACAAUGACGAAUUAUAUUACCGUUGCACAUUCUCAAGCAAAAACACCGGUGGAAAGGAGACAUAGUACUAUCACGAAUCUCCUAGCUAAGUGGACAGAAGGUAGACCCGGUCAAUGGUCGAAGUUCCUGCGAGCAACCCUCUUCGUUGAGAAUAUCACGGUGAAGAGUACUACCAAGUACGUGCCGGCCACUUUGUGGUAUGGGAGGUAUGUCACCUUUCCCAUAGAAAGCUUCCUGAAGACUUGGAGGUGCCAAGACUUGGAGACCAACCUGUCUUCCGAAGAGUUGCUCGAUAUUCGGGCACGGCAGGUGGGUGCUGCUGAAGAAAGGAUACAAGAAACCUCCAAUCAGGUGGAAAAAGGCCGCAUGAACGACAAGAUGCAGUGGGAUCAGAUGGCGCGAGUGCGAAAGGAACCAUUGGCAAUUGGGGACGUCGUAUUGUUGUACGAUUCCUCUUUGGAGAAGCAAUGGUCGAGGAAACUCGACAAACGGUGGUUGGGACCCUAUAGGAUCGUGCGAUGCGGCGAGUUCGGAGCCUACCAGAGCGAGGAGUUGGACGGAACCGAAUGGAAGGAUUAGGUAUCAGGGACAAGGUUGAAGAAAUCCGUGGUCCGGCAAUAGGUAAAUGGCUCUAUACCCCUUUUGAUAAACCCUUGUCUUAAAG